UUAUAUAUAAACUCUGUGGUUUAUAUUUAUAAAACAGUCCGAGUUGCUGGUUUGAAGUUCCUGUCAGAAUGAAGAAGUUGUUGCUGUUAUUCGUCGUCAUAUUCACCUACGCUUAUGCGGACGAGGAAUCGCUAGAGUUAUCAUCUUCUGAAGAAGAAAGCAUAGGAGAGUUAGUUACUCUGUUAGAAACCAAAUUGAACUCAACAAUCUUCAGUGACAUCCUUGUUUUAAUUAAUAAAACUGAAUCGCGAUGCCCUGGCAUCGAAGAAAAGUUAGACAAAGCUGUGGGAGAAGUUGGUGAAUGUUUGGACGAUAUAGACUUAGGCGAAGACACUAUUUGUACUGUGACAAGAAAAAAUUUGGAAAAAUGUUCUGAACCAAUCACGAAAAUAUUAGUCGAUUGCUUACCGGAAGAAUCAAAAGGAUUACCAAUUUUGGGCAUCAAGAUUCUCAAAGCAGUUUUGGAUCAGGCUUGUAACUCCACCGUUGAGGAGAUUUUAGAAUUAUUAAACGCCUGUACGCUGAAGAAGGAAUUUGAUUAUUUCGAUACUUGCACUAGCCUGAAAAAUACCUUUCAACAAUAUAGGGAUAAAGUUCCAUCAAAAUCACUAGUAUGCUCAUUGAUGCCAAAUGUUAAAUCCUGUAUCAAAUCUCACCAAGAAGCGUCUUGUAAAAACCCAGUGACAAGAGCAGUUAUGGUCAAGUUUUAUGACGCAAUAGACAUAGCAACUGCCAGCGAGUGUCAGGAACUCAAUAAAGUUAAAUAAGAUAUUAAACUAAGAACUUGCAACACCAACGAUUGCGCCCUUUAUUCCUCACGUUUAUUUAAUAAACAUAUUUGAAUUUAUAAUUAUUUGAAAUAGUAAAUAAACUGAUAUCAUCAAA